UGCGCCCUCCUCCUCUUCCUCUCACUAUAUUUCCUCCCUCUCUUUCCUUUUUCUGUGCCUCUUAUUAUUGUUUUUUCCUCCCUCCUCCUCCUCUCGGUCGCCUCCUUCGCUCUUAGCUCGCUGCUCUCGCUCUCGUUCCCUCCGCCGCCCCAAAACCCUAUCUCUCAUCUCGGUCGGGAUCUCGGAUUGCUGGAAUUCUUGAACUCGUUGCGCCUCGAGGCCUGCGAUGCGAGAGAGUUGUCGUCAAUUGAAUUUAGGAGGUGCUUUGGGUGGCCGCUCUGGUUAAUCUUAUUGUGAUCCGAAAGGGGAAGUUUAAAUCUCACGCCUGUGGCUCCGCAUCCUUUCAACAAAGACUAUCCCACAGCAAAAGAGCAUCCUUAGAUCUGGGUACACCUUGUUCUGCUGCAGGAGUUCUUGGCUUCUUUUCUCUUGUUGAUGACAUCAUUGGCUGUGAAUCAUCAGAUAUUGUAACCUAACUUCUACAAGUGUGGCCCCUUUGGUUUAUUUAAAUUUUUUGAAAUGGAUCGUCGUGAUACAUCAGGAUUUGUUAGUGGAGGUGGCAAGCAAUUAUUCAGAUGUUUCUAACUGUUGAAUAUUGUUAGCUGCAAGUCCCGGAAGUCAGGCCAACUGGUUCUUUUCGAUUAAUAUCUGGUUGAUAUAAGAGGUCUUCUGCUGGUAAUAGGAAUGAAUGACAGCAUUCCUCACCUAGGCUUUGCUUCCAACCUCUCCUCUUUACAUGCUUUUGUCACCCGGAGCAAAGUUCAAUCUGGAGCUGAAUAUAGCACGGAUGUUACAUUGCGACUUGAUUCCCCUGGUACUUCCAGUCUGCAUAGUUCCAACACUAAAGGGACAAAGAGGAAGUGGGGCAAUGGAUUGGAGGGUCCUGAACAUCCUUUACUUGCACUGGGUUUAGGGCAGUCACCCAGUUCCUCAGACGUUAGCAAGGUUAGCUCAACAACUGCUUGCACCAUGUCUUCAGCGAAGGAGACUGAUGAGGAAUCCUCAGCUGAUCUGGGUUUGAAUUUUCAGCUUCAUCUUGGCAAUGAGAAUAUGCUUAGCCCUAAGAAAUCCUCUGUUGCUGCUCCUAAGGCAUCAGGAAGUGAACCAGUGUAUGAUGUCCACUUAAGUCUAUCAACUGGCCCAUCUGAAUCUGUUAUUACUGGUAUCAGGCCAGUCUCAGAUCAACUUCAGAACAGAUUGGACGCAUCAGCAGUGAUCAGUCAAGUGCCAACAUUUGAUGAAGGAUCAGCAUCAUCUCGCUGGAUAUUUGGGAGAUAUGUGGCACCCUCUGUCUAUAUUUCAGAGACAACUAGCAGCUUUCAUUCCAACCAAAAGAUUCAUGCUAAAGUUGAUCCAAUUGCAAUCGUCCCUGACCUCACAUCAACCAAGAUACAAACAGUGAAAAGCCCAGUUGCCUGUACUUCCGGGGUUACUCUUCUGCAGCAACGCGACACUACCACAAAAACUUGUCAGUUCCAAGGAUGUGGAAAAGGAGCAAGAGGUGCUUCUGGACUAUGCAUAGCCCAUGGUGGGGGGCGAAGAUGCCAGAGACCUGGCUGUCACAAGGGAGCCGAGGGUAGGACCAUCUUUUGCAAGGCCCAUGGAGGUGGUCGGCGAUGUCAAUACCUUGGCUGCACAAAGAGCGCUGAAGGCCGCACUGAUUAUUGCAUUGCUCAUGGUGGUGGCCGGCGCUGCGGCCAUGAGAGCUGCACCCGAGCUGCUAGGGGAAAAUCAGGUUUAUGCAUCAGACAUGGAGGUGGCAAGAGGUGUCAGACGGAGAAUUGCACAAAGAGUGCAGAAGGUUACUCUGGUCUCUGCAUUUCUCAUGGAGGUGGAAGGCGCUGCCAGUUUUCAGGAUGUUCAAAGGGUGCACAAGGGAGCACAAUGUUCUGUAAGGCACAUGGUGGUGGAAAGAGGUGCACUUUUUUGGGGUGCACCAAAGGGGCUGAAGGGAGCACUCCUUUCUGUAAGGGACAUGGUGGAGGGAAGCGCUGCUCAUUUCAGGGUGGAGGUGUUUGCCCAAAAAGUGUGCAUGGUGGGACCCAGUUCUGUGUUGCUCAUGGUGGUGGGAAGAGGUGUGCUGUUCCUGGGUGCACUAAGAGUGCUAGGGGGCGAACAGAUUUCUGUGUUCGGCAUGGUGGGGGCAAGCGAUGUAGGUUUGAAGGGUGUGGAAAGAGUGCACAGGGGAGCACUGAUUUUUGCAAGGCACAUGGAGGAGGCAAGCGCUGCUCAUGGGGCCAGUUAGGAUCAAAUGUUGGUGCUGGUGCUCCUCCUUGUGAUAGGUUUGCUAGGGGCAAAACCGGUCUUUGUGCUGCACAUAGUGCUCUUGUGCAAGAUCGUUGUGUUCAUGGUGGGGGCUCUCUGGGACCGUCAGCUACUCGGUACCCAACACUGGUUAAAACUGAGAAAAUGAAAGACAUCACUGUUGAAGAAAAUACAUUCUCAAAGAUAGGCAAUGAUGGGGAGAACUUUGUACACUGGAGUGGUUGUGAUACAAAGAAUAAUAUCAUGCCUAGUCUCAUUCCUUGCCAGUCUGGAUCAGAUUCGAUUCCAGAAGGGAGGGUGCAUGGAGGGAGUCUGUUGGUGAUGCUGGCUAGCAGUGCAGGCCUUCAAAGCAACUCUACAAGCCAAUCAGACGCUGGCACUUCAGAGCAAGACUUGUCACAUCCCAUGAUGCACAGGUGGAUAUAAUGGCAAAGCAUGCUUCUUUUUUUUUUAAGAUUCUUCUUCCUUGUGUGGUUUUGAUCUUAGUUCUGGCAUAGUGUGGUCUGCUGGGUAUUAUAUGUUCAAAGUAACUUUGAUGCCUGGGAUAGACAAAAUCAGCAUUUCUUGUUCAUUAAUUAUAUUUUGUUGAAACUUGUAUGUGAUCUUAAGGCCCUCUUGUGGAAAAAAUAAAGGGAAAGAUAGGGGAGGCAAACUUGUAGUGUAGGCUUGCUAGUGUUUUAUUCGGUUACAGUAAACACAGCUCUUGUGUAUUGUUUAGCUUUGUUUGCUUCUCGUUGAGAACAUCUUAAUUUUAUUUCAAUGCUGUGAUUUGUGUCAUAUCAAAUAUAGGGUAUGGCUAGAUCGUUAUGGUUCUU